GUGGGGGCGACCGGGUGGUAGUGGGGAGGUGAGACUAGCGUUUCUAGAGAGAACGGAUGGGGAAAGAAAUGGGGGAGAAGCAGAGAGACACACAGACAGCGAGAGAGCUUGAAUUCUAAAAGCCAAGCUGAAAGCCAAAAGAUUGAAGCCCUUCAGGAGGCAAGAGCGUUAAUUGUGAUAUGCUACUGCGUGAUAAAGCAAGAUGUUGCAGAAAACUGAAUAAUGGGGUAUAGUCUGAAGGGGCUGUUCAGUGGCCACUAAUGAUAUCUGCAAGUUCAUCUGGUGUGACAGUGACUAGAAAAGCUGGAUUUCCAAGGAUGCCAUCAUUAUUAAAUGGAGGAUUAAACAAAUCCAUUUGAGGGGGGCGGGAUACAAAUACAGCAGUUACAGAGGCUGCCAGGAGGAAACAGAAUCAAAGUAUCUCCUAAAGGAAAUUGAGUCAGGCUCCAAGAACAGAGAUGGACAACUGGCAAGCAAGCAACAGCUCCGUCAGCAGCAACACAACAGAGCUAACUAUUGGUUUUACUUCUUCAGCAGUAGCUGUCGUCUUAUUUGGAUCAAACUUUGUACCCAUUAAGAAAUUUGACACUGGAGAUGGAAUGUUCUUCCAGUGGAUUCUCUGCACUGCCAUAUGGAUAGUUUCUUUAAUCGUUAACCUCAUUCAAAACUGCCCUAAAUUUUGGCCUCUUGCAAUGGUUGGGGGCUUUUUAUGGGCUACAGGUAAUAUAACAGUUGUCCCCAUUGUUAAAACCAUUGGGUUAGGCCUUGGGCUGUUAAUCUGGGCUUCUUUUAACCUGCUAACUGGCUGGGCAAGCUCAAGGUUUGGCUGGUUUGGAAUUGACCCUGAAGAAGUCGCAAAGCCAGUCUUAAACUACAUUGGAGCUGGACUUUCAGUGUUAAGCACCAUCCUAUUUCUUUUAGUAAAAACUGAUGUUCAGAGCGCUCUACCUUCAUCAGAAAGCACUCCAUUAAUAAGAGAACAUUUAGUCAACACUUCUAUACAUAGUGCUGCAAACAGGAGUGAUGUAUCAUGGGUGGACAGUUUCUCUCCAUUAGGAAAGAGAAUAAUAGGUUGCUGCCUAGCUGUGAUCGCUGGAAUACUGUACGGUUCUAGUUUUGUGCCUGUGCUUUACAUCAAGGACCAUGGCAGAAGAAAUGGAACUAAGUACACAGGAGCAAGUCAGUUUGAUUUAGAUUACGUCUUUGCACAUUUCAGUGGCAUCUUUCUUACAAGUACCACCUACUUUUUGAUCUACUGUGCAGCCAUGAAAAAUAAUCCUAAAGUUUAUCCUAAAGCUAUAAUCCCAGGAUUUGUUUCUGGUGUGCUGUGGGCAAUAGCCACUUGUUGCUGGUUUUUAGCAAAUCGUUACCUCAGUGCUGUGGUCAGCUUCCCAAUCAUUACUGCUGGUCCUGGCUUUAUAGCUGCAAUGUGGGGAGCCCUGGUAUUUAAAGAAAUAAAGGGCCUGAGAAACUAUCUAUUACUCUUGAUAGCCUUUUGUGUCAUCCUGGCUGGGUCACUCUCAACAGCUUUUUCUAAAGUCUGAAGAAACACUUGAACCAGCAGAUGGUGCCACUAGUUACUACAUUUAAGAGGUGUGAGAAGAUCACAUAUGUUCUUAGAUCAAAGAUAUCCUCACUCUUGCUACAGAAACAGGAGAAGGUCUCUAAAUGAAUAACUUUUGUGCUUAAUGAAAAACGUUGAUCAUGUCCUCUACAUUUUGGGAAAUAAGGGGAAAUCUUUUAACGCUUACUAUCUCAGGACUGGAUGAUUAUGGGGUGAAAUCUUAAGUCGGAGGUUUUAAUGAUUCUGUAAUGUUACAAGUUGUUAACUAACUACAGAAGUUUAUUAGUAACUAUGGAAGAAUGACAGUAUGGUGGCCCAUACUGUGGAUAAAGAGGCACCUUUUUAAAAUGGUGGCUCUCUUAUAUUUAGCAGAGAAGUAGAAACUGUCCCUAUUCAACCCAGCACAGGAUCUCUCUAAUGGCUGUUGCUGGUCCCUCCCUUGUGUCUCUUUAGGACAAGCAAUCUUCUUCUUAUUCCCGUUGAUUUGUAGUUGUUGAAAACUGAUACAUAAAUAUUCUAAAUAAUAACAAUAAUGGAGAAAGCUUUUUAAAAGCAAUCAGUUAAGUGUAAUUAUUGGUCACUAUCCAGGGGAAUAAUGUCAGUAUUGUCUUUCCUUUAUUUUUCAGUGGCUAUAUAGGAAUUGUUAAGAGUCAAACCAAAUGUGAUGUUAAAUGUGUGAUUUGUCCGUGUGUGUGUGUGUGCGCGCACACACACGCACACACACACACACACUGGAAGGUGGCUCAGUCAGGAUUGGGACCAUGGCCUAAAUCAUCUGCUUAAAACUGCUGUUAGCUGGGAGGCAAACUCUCUUUGGCAGCAAUAGGAGCUUCCCUCGAAGAGCUAAUAAGCACUUAAGGAUAGAGGGAGUUGCAGAUUAUUCCCACAACAAAGAAAGCUUAAAUGCCCUCUCCCUGUAAUCUGCUAUCCUGAUCAGUCUCUCCAUCCUGUGGCUGCUGUUUUGAUUAAAAUAAAUACAUAAACUGAAGCACAAAUGACUAGUUUGACUCAAAGACUACUCUCCAGCAUGUUUUCAUUAUGGAUUUUUGUAACUGCUGUGCUCUCUUUUUCUGACAUUGGAGGCAACUUCCAGAGUUCCCCUGAGAUUGGGGAUCAGUUUGCCAUAGAUUGUGGGAAUUGUUUUCUGAAGUGGGGGCUCAGAAGCCCUCCUACCCUACCACCACCCCCGCACACAGAGCGCACUACAUCGCUCUUUAAAUCAUCUCAUAAGCUGCAAUCCAUGUGAAACCAGACCGCCUUCCAGCAGGAGCAGCCCUGCUUCCUGAGGGCUCAUCAGAACUCCGUGGCAGAGCCCAUGCUUUAGGUUCAUGUGUAAGGUCCAGGCCCAUGGUCUCGGAUUUAUCCUCUACCCUAGCAUUUCCAGUUAAACUAUCUCGGGAUAGGAAGGCUGAGAAACAUUUUGGAGACCUGCUGCCAGUCAGAGUAGCAAUACUGGAAACUGACCAAUUGAUUGACUAAGAAAAAGGCAGCAUUACAGGACAUUUAACCCAACUUCACUACCAAAAUGGGGCAAUUUUCCAGGUACCCAGAAGUGUUCCUAAUGUAGUUCUGUAACUUGAAGCAGGCCUUCAGGAAGUUGAAAUGAGGGUGUGGAUUACUGCCUUUAACCUUUGGUUGAAGCUAAUAUUCAGCCCUGUGGGGCUAGCUCUGUUAACAUGUUGUUUCCAGAGUACAUGGAAGCAGUCCUUGCCCUUGACCUAUGGAAGCAGCACUGGAAGACAGAUUUCAUAAAAUUCUCUGUUUAGAACAUAUAUGCCACUGUGGGUCUGCUGAGGUUGAAGCAGUGGGGCACGUUUUAUUAUCUGUUCAUUUUACUGUGAGUUUUAUCAUAUUUUUAUCCACCCUUUCAUAUUAAAAUUACCAGGCCAUCCUGAAGAAUUCUAUGUUUCCUUCUCUUAUUUGAUGGAAAAUAAAGCUGUUAACACCGUGUUGCUAAGUUUUGUGCUGCGGCAAUCAAGGCAUGGAAGGAAGUGGCUCAAGUUCAGAUUAAUUUAAUGUAGUUUCUGGAUGUAACAGAUUAAGUUAGAUGUUAAUUUUGUGGCUAGAUCUUAGUUGAAUAAUUGGAGUAAUCAUUUUAGAUACUAAAUUUUAUUGUCUGUUCCUAAAGUUGAUUCGUUGACUGGUCAGUGACCAUAAUACAGAACCUAUCUUCAGUAUCUAUCUCACAACUCUUCCAUGCCUUUCACAAAAUCCCUGUGCCAAGUAGCCAUAACCGUGUGCAGUGCUGAACUUUCACCCUUUUUUAUCCAGGACAGGUAGUGUGCUAUCUCUUAAGAAAAUGUACGCUUAGAUUUUGAACCUACUUUCCAGUAGAUUUAUGAGAUCACCCAGCAUUCCAUGUGUCUGUGUUUGUGUGUGUGUGUGGCGGGGGGGGGACCAAUAUGAACCAAAAUGGGUAGAGUUGUAGGGACACCUCAACAACGUAGUUUGUGGUGAUGUCAUCCACCAGAAUUCAAGAUGAUGGAUGUGUAAAUGUUUGAGGCGCAAGUGGGCUAACUUGUGAACCACCUAAACGAUUUGAACCAGACUUGCUACAGGUGUAGGGAUAGUGAAAGGAAAGUAGGCAGAUUAGUUAUUACUAGAAUAACUUCUUCAUUUGUAGAUUCUCCAUUUGUCAUGUGGUUUCUAAUAAGAAAUAUAUAACUUAUUUAAAUGCUACUUGUAUUGAUGUUGCUUGUUUGUUCAUUACUUCCAGAUAUUUUGUAAUUUCAAAUAUUUGCAUAAACCUUUUAAAAAUGCAUUAUUUUUAGA